UUUUAAAGUGGUGCACCUGGUGGGCUGACGCAAGCGGGCUGGCCAUGGACGCCUUGAUAGCGCUGGCGCGCGACUCGGCUAUCUUUGUCCGGACGGGGGCCGAGGUGUGUGGGCUGAUCCAGGACCGGCGGUAUCUGUGGUCUGCGUACAAGGACUGUGUCGUGGGCUCGGAGCUGGCAUCGUUCUUCCUCACCUUUGCGCUGGCAAGCAGCCGUGAGGAGGCAGUUGCGCUCGGCGAUGCGCUCAUCGAGCUUGGAGUCCUCAAGCAUGUGCUCGGACGGCACACGUUCAAGGACAAGUACUUGUUCUACGAGUUUGACGACCGCGCCAUCGCCGCGCUGCGGAGCUCGAUUCGCGACAUCCUGUCCGACGUGGAGACCGCGGCACGACCGUCAGUCCUAGGCGCGGCAGUGUCUGCACGAGUCCGCGGGGAUGACAAAGGACUGCCGGCCGCAAGCAUCGAUGUUGGCCGAGGCGCUCUGCGGCGCGCCGGACCCAGCUCGGGCGGAGCGCGAUCGCGGGCGGCGUCGGUGCUUCCGGAGCCUUCGGCGUCGAGCACUCGCAUCGCCCAGGUUGAGCUGCUGGCCGACUUGUACGUGGAGCAAAAGGUGUUUGUUGAGGCUGCCAAGCUGUACGCCUAUGCGUUAUCGUUGCGCCUGAGCAUGGCGGGCGACGGCGCCGAGAGCAAUAGCUCCGGCGAGCUGCACGCGGUCCAGCUGGGCGUGAUGGCACAGCGGCGGCUCCUUGUUCGGCUAUUUUUUGUCGAGUUUGCAUACCUGCAGCACAUGGCGGGCACGAUGAGCUCGAAGGAUGCGCGCGAUCCGAGCUCGCGCAAGCGGCUGAAGGCGUUCCGCGCCCGGGCGUUUGCGGCGUUUGAGUCGCUCACUGUGAGCGGCAAGGCGUCAAGCAAGCGCGGCGUGAGCAAAGGCAAAGGCAAAGGCAAGAGCGAUGGUGAUGACGACGGCUCUGCAGCAGCGCUGUCCAAGUGUGCCGAGGCUGUGCGGGCAAUGGCGCGGUCGCGCGAAGCGCUGAGACUCUCGCGGCUCAACGCGAUGAUCAUGCUCGAGUCGGGCGGAUCAGCGUCGGAUAUUUCAAUUUACUGCGCAGACACGGUCAUCAGCAUUUUCUCGGACAUGGUCCGUGGGGCGGUGAUGGAGCUUGGCCCGCCGCCGAGUGCGUAUGCGCUCGCAGUGGUCGGUGAUCUGGCCUGCCGCAACGUGGCGCUUUACCCGCGGCUGGACUUUGCGGUGGUGAUGGAGGACGACAGCGACGAGGCAUCGGCGUACUUUCACACGCUCUCCACCCUUGUCUUUCUCAAGGUCAUUGGGCUGGGCGAGACACAGGUCCAGGUCUUUGGCACACAGCGCAACGAGUUUGGCUGCUCGUUCGGCCUCUUCACGCCGGUCCACUUUCCCAACGAGGCGCUGGGCACGCCGCUCAAGCUGGCUUCACUUUUCCUCACCGGUUCGACAUUUGGCGGUGGGAGUGGGCCUGGCGGACCUGGACCAGGAAGCCCCGAUGCGCGACGGUCGCCGUUGAUCUCGCCUUCGCCGGCGUCGCCACCGGCGUCGGAGCUCUCGUUCUCGGUCCCGUGCAUUCCGCCGGGUGCGGUUGAUUAUUCGGUCUUCUGCCGCGCGUUUUACCCGAUGCGACUGGUAGCUGGCGAGUCGAACCUCUUGGCGCAGUUUCGGGCGUUGGUUGACACAGUGCUUGGCUGCCCGCUGCAAGACAUGUCGUACUCUGCGCUGCGGAGCGCGCCGCUGCGACCCGUGACGCCGGUGGCGGCGCGCGCAGACGACGAGAUGUUUGUCACUGGCUCGGUGGUGCGGCAUGUGCUGGCGACGGCGAUGAUCCGCGAAGCGGUGCACGCUUUUGAUGCACGCCGUAACGCAGCGUCGGGCGCUGUUUCGGUUCCAUACCUCCACGCGCGGCCGCUGGUGUGGGACCUACUCCAAGGUCUCAUUCACGGCCUCGCAUUCUACUUUGAGGUCGAUGAGGUCGACUCGUGCUGGAUGGCGGUAGAGCAGCUAACCUCGCAGGGGGUGCUCUCGCCGCAGCUCUCGGGCGAGCUGAUGGCGGCACUCUCGUUUGUGUACGUGCUGCGGCUGAAGCUGGCGCAGCACUAUGGAUGUGGGCGCGAGCUUGCGACGUCGCCGGUGCUCAAGCGGGCACAUGCCCAGCGGGUUGGCAACUGCGAGUGCGGCGGAUGGAGUGAGGCAUCGGGCUGCCGGCUCGCUGACGCGCCGCUCCUCUCUCACUCGCCGGUCUACGAGCUGUCGGCUAGCGAGGCCGAGGCGCUCGAGCACGCACUCCGACUCGGUCUUGCGCUCGCGUCUGAGCUGGAGCGGCUUGUCUCGGGCGUGCUCCCAUACUCGACGCCGCUGUUGGGCCACACGCUCGAGCCAGCGCUGGAGGCGAGCUCACUUGGCGGGCAGCUGAUGACAGCACAGGGCCUGGAGAUCAUGCAUGCCUUUUCGUCGGCAGCGAGAGUGUACGACGCUGUGGCCACCGAGAUUUGCGACGGUGUUGAGACGCUGCUCCCUGUCGAGAUGGCGGCACUGCAAGGAUGGGUGGCAUGGCGGCGUGGGCGUGCCGAGCUGGCGAAGCUGGCCGAUGGCCUGGCAGCCCCUGACACCGCGGUGGCACAUCUCAGCACUGCGCUGCAGUGGCUCGCAGACAUCGAGCGGCUUUCAGGCGACCCGGCCAAGGAUGUGGCACUGUACGGCGCCAACGCCGGAGCCGAGAGCUCGGGUGGAAGCGCAGCGACGUGGCUGGUGUGGUCGCUGAUGGGUUUGUACUCGCGGCCUGCCAUUGGGUACGCGCGGGCACUGGUCCUGGUGCAUGUCGGCAUGGCGUACGGGUAUGGCGGGUGGCGUGGACACCAGCGUGCAGCGCUCAAGGAAGCGCUUGCAGUGCUGACCUCGCUGGACCAGGGCUCGGUGUCUGCGGCGGCGCGGACGUACUCUGCGGUCGGGCUCCAGCGGGCGCUGGUGACUGUGUAUGGUGAGCUGGGACGGGUCGAGCUGUGCGGCAAGUCGCUGGCGCUGGCGUCGUCGUACCUGACGUCUGCGCUCAACCGGCUGCGAGCUUCCUCGCUCCGGGUCUCGUGCCCAUCGCCGCAUGCUGCAACAGGGGUAGAGGCCUACGGCAUGUCGUUCUCGGAGGCGUCGGCGGCGGCUGGGCUGGCGCCGUUUGUAGACGCGCACCUCUCGCUGCUGUUCGGCACCAUGUCGGAGCUGAUGGUGGCACGUGGUGACCUGUCUGCGGGCAAGGACUACGUGGCGCGCGGCAUCGAGGUGCAGGAGCACCAUUUGCGGCGCGACGGGGUGCCGCACGCAGCGCUCGGCGAGCACUACAUGCAGAUGGGCCGGAUUCUGGCACGGUCGCACAUGCACUCGGAAGCACUGGACUGGUUCGGGUGGGCCAUGCACGUGUUUGAGCGGGUGUACGGAGCUGUGCUCGCGUUGCGCGGGCCCGAGGCGACGGCGACUGCGAUGUGUGCGUUGGCGUCGCCCCCGGGUGCGUCGCGGGCAGCGGUGGCGAUGGGCGAGGUGCACGCUGCACUGGCGGACACGCUCUAUCAACUGGGCUACUUUGACAUGGCUGAGCUCCACUACGGAUACGUGGUGCGGCUGGCAGAGGCGGCCAAAGAGGAGGCAGGCGGCGGAGCGUUUGUGUCGUCGGUGCGCUCGCGACUGGCGCUUGCAGCGGCCAAGGCGCGCGAGGCGAUCGGCGCGAUCUGCAACAUCCAGGAGCGGUUCAGCCUGGCGGCCGAGGCGUAUGCAAUGGCGCUGGCGGCGUACGACCAGGUGCUGAGCGAGUCGGCGGCUGCCGAGGCAGCCAACCAGGACGAGCCGUGGAAGGCAGGUGGCUCCGUCCGCGGGCGUCCCGCAACAACCGGGAGCACCGGCUCGGGCGGCUCGAGCUCGACAUCUGCGGCGUCGUCGUCCGCAGGCGGGCGGGUGAGCCGCGACGAGGAGGCGCGCCGGCGGGCCGAGGUCGAGCUGGACGCCGGACGGUGCCGGUUUAACGCCGGGUUUGUGGCCAAGGCGCUCAGCCAUGCCGAAGAGGCGGUGAGCUACUUUGAGGGCGCGCAUGCAAUCUUUGCGCGGGUGCUUGGCGCAACCCACCCCGAUACGGUGCUUGCGAGGGCGGAGAGCAAGCGGCAGACCGAGAAAGCGGCGGCGAGCUGAUCAAUCAGCUCAACACAGCGCAUGGUGGCCUACGACUCGUGAUAAAAGGCAUGAAGAGUGCGGA